AUGUCCAAGCAAAGAGGUCCUGAAAAUGACGUCAAUAGGGUGCGUGAGGAGAACCCUAACGUGCCUGGAGUUACUAUUACUGGUCCCGAGAGAUUGGCUGCCACAGAAGGACAGUCAGUGACUCUGAGAUGUGAAACACAAGGUCUUACUAAUGCUGUUGUCCAGUGGAGGAGGAGGGAGGGUCCUUUGCCCCCGGGGUACCUGCCCCCCAUCACAGCAUUCAGGGAGGAACCCUAUACAUUCCUCGCUUCCAGAGAGAGUAUGCCGGGGAAUACAUCUGCACUGCCACCACGCCAGUCAGAAAUUACGGAGACCUCCGUUUUCAUCAUUGUAACAGUGACCCCCAAGUUGAGCAUUUCACCAGCUGAAGUAGAGGCCAGGGCGGGGCAGACAGUACAGCUCAGAUGUCAGCCCCAGGGUCAGGGACCAUUUAACAUUGAGUGGGUCAAGUUGGGAGGAGCAUUGUCCCCCUCAGCCACCCAGACUGUAGACGGAAUCCUGGAGAUCCGGGCGGUGACAGCGGCGGACGCUGGACGGUACCGCUGUGUGGCGACUAAUUCUGCGGGAUCCUCUGAUGGCAUUGCUGUUGUUGUGGUGCAAGUGCCCCCCACAAUAGUUGUUGCUAACAGAGACAGGACUGUUCGUGAAGGUGAGACUGUCAUACUUCAGUGUCAGAUUACGGGGACCCCACAACCACAGGUCACCUGGGAGAAGCAGGGCGGGGCUCUCCCCUCCAACUCUGACAUCAGGAAUGAUAUACUGACGGGAAACACAAUCAUCACCCAAACCACGACCACAAUGCCCAUCUCUCCCAUUCUGGGGAAAAAGCUGUACAUGCCGACUCCAACCGGUCUAGAAGAUGGGGGAAAAAAUCCGACACAUGGGAAGGGAGUUUAU